CCCGAACCCCGAACGACACGUGAAAACUAAAGACAACGAAAUAACUGUUAGCAUUGGCUUUGCUUAUCCCCCCAACCCUUUAUUUUUACACGUUAGCCAUGCACCCGUGCGCUCAUUUUUAUUUUUUACUAAUUUUCAACCCGAUAUCUUCUAUCUUAAAUCAAACUCGUUCCUUUUCUUUUUCUUUCACUUAUACCUCCAUUUUAUUCAUGGCAUCCUUACUAGCAUCAUCAGAAAGGAUAUCAUCUCUCCCGUUCAUCGACAGAUUCAAAAUAUUAACAACUUCUGGCAAACGGCAGGCCCCAAAACAGCCAAGCCCGAAACACACCAGCUCAGAGAUAAUGACAGGCGACAAACACCCCAUGACAACAAUGGUCGCAGUCCAAAACCCUCCACCACCUCCAUACGUACCACCUAUGGACCAGCAACAGCAUGAUAUCGAGAAUCUUGCCGAGGCCGUCAAACAGAACUCUCACUUGGCCAACGCCAUAAACAAGUCUGGUAGAUCUUUGGAUCGCAAAAGUAUUAUUCAAGGUAUCAAGCUGGUAGCGAUUGCUGCUGACGAGUACGAUGAAGGCAACGACACUGUUGCUCUUGACAUCUAUCUUACUGGGCUUGACAAAAUUGUCAUGGCUCUGCCUGCAAAGGACGACAUGAGGACCAAAAUGGCUUUGGAAGCCAAACUGAUCAGUGUAGAAGAAAGGGUUGGCAUACUAGACGCCGAAACCAAAGAAAAAUACAUAUUGGCCGCUCAAGCUUUCGGCCAUGAUAAACGUUAUAGAAUACCGACAGAACAAGAUACGCAAAUCGAUCGGUUUCGAAGGUUUGCUCAAUACAUGAUUGACUUGGCCGUUGCACUAGCCAUCAUGGUUAAGCGGUCACCUCUUCCAGAUAUCUUAUACUUUCUCUUUGGAUCAUUUGUCCAGCUUUUACUUUGGAUGGACGUUAAAUACCAUCUCGUAGAGCGGACUCGUGACUUGGCGGUAUCAGGGGUCAAGCUGAUACUAAAAGCAGACGAAGACUACAAUUUGCAUCAAGUGGCCAGUGAAACAAUGUACAUGGUUAUUGCCGCGGGUCUUAAGGCGGCUGUUGCAUUCAAAGAAAGUCCUAGCUAUCAAGAGCUCAAAAAGCAGCGAGAGGAUGAAUGUGAUGCAACAAAUUAAGAAAUCGUCUUUUCAGCGGUAUUUUCAUUACUUUUGCUCCACCAUCUGAUUGAAACCCCCCUCUCUUUUUUUCUGUUCAUUUCAAUCAUUGUAAUAUUUAGAAACACCUUUCACUACUCUAUCUCAAAUAACUAUAAGAAACUAAAAUACCUCUUCAAGAACGACAUC